AUGACGUACAAUAUACUUCGGCGUUUAAAAGUAUUCGAAGAAAAAACCGCAAUAUAUGUCAAUUAUCAUUGCCAAAAACAUCAACAAGUAAACAAUGAAAUGCUUCAAGAUGUAAUCGGCACGGUGAAACGUUUAAUGAAGCAUAGAAAAAAGAUUAAAAAAAUUAAUAAUUUAUGGAAAAAAGUUUUUCUACGUCGCUUACAAAGAACAUUAACUAGAGCUGAAAAGAUUUCUGAAUAUUUUCUCGAAAGUGAUGAAGAUAAUGAAAAUGAUAAUCUAAAAGCAGACGAAGAAAAAGAAGAAAAUAUUCGUUUGCGAAGAUUUUUACUUGAAGAUCUUUGGCAACAAUAUACUGAUGAAUGUCAAUACAUUUUGCAUGGUCGUAUGCCAACAUCUAAUUCACAUAUACGUUCAACAUUUCUACAAGUGAAAAGUUUUGAAAAUAAACUCGAACUACGCAAGAAAGAAUAUUUUGUACGAAUUGAUGGCCGACAAAAGACUUUAAGUGAGUUAUGUGAUGAACAUUGUCUAUUUCUAAGCGAGUAUCUUGACAAGUGUAUUUCUUUUCAUUCUACUCUUUCUAUUCCAUUAAGUAUCGGACUAGAAGAUGUGCGUCAGCUUUUAAGACAGAUAAGUGCAGAUGAGUGUUCAUUUUCUGCACUUAAUUUGGAUACAUUUAUACGAGAUAUUGAGAUGCCUCUCCGUUUUGCAUGUGCGACACUUGUUAACUGUGACACUGUCCAUAAGUCGAAUAAUAAGAAUAGAGAAGUUUCUUUUUUUCUUCCAUCUAUUGAUGGUCAUUCUAUUGAACGUGGUCUUUUACUCAAAAAUAUCUUAUCUAUUCUACAUAAUUAUCGUUGGUCGGUGAUCCUAGGUGAUCCUGGCAGUGGUAAAACAACAUUAUUACGUUGGCUCACACUUGAAUAUGCUCGUUUUCUUCGACAAGGUGAAACAGAAAAUUUUUAUCUAGAAGGACAAAAUGAAUGGGAAAUAUUAGCAACACAAAUACCAUUUAUUAAUUGUCCGAUUUUAUCAAUUGCACGAGUACCCAUAUUGAUUAGAAUAGGUGAAUUCGUUACUUGGUUAGAUUCUCAUAUUGAUUGUUCAUUAUUUGACUAUAUUGGUCAACAUACUUGGUACGGUAAUUGUUAUUCAGAAACAAAUGAUUCAAAAGUACUUCAUGAAUUCAUUUAUCAUGGUCAUGCACUCAUUCUUUUCGAUGGUUUAGAUGAAGUUUCGAAUUAUGAACAACGAAAAAAAGUUGUUACUUUAAUAGAAAUAUUUCUAGAAAAAUAUGUUAAAACUUCAUCAUUAAUUUCAAUCAAGGACGAUAGAGAUAUUGUAGAAAAAUGGGGCGGAUGUUUAGAUGAUUAUCCAGAGUUUUUGCUCGAAAGAAAUCAAGUAAUUAUUACAUCACGCAUUAUAGGAUAUAGUCUCGUACCAAUACAGAGUAAUUUAAUUGCACUCUUUUAUUUAUUACCAAUGAAUAAGAAAGAAGUUGAAUCAUUUAUCUGUAAUUGGCUGAUGAAUAUGAAUAAUGCGUUUACUAAUUACAUCAGUAAUGAAAAUCGUUUCAUGUUGAAUCGAGAAAGACUAAAAGAAAUCAGAGAAAAACUAUGGAAAAAAGCUCUCGAUUUAACAACACGAUCCUAUUUAUUAUCCCAUCCGAUUUUAUUGUCCUUAGCUCUAUCUUCUCUUAUACGCAGUGAUAUUAACCAGAUUGAUCUCACAUCUCAAAUUGCUGUUUAUGACUUAACUAAAAAAGCUAUGAUAGACAAUUGGAUUUCAUCAAAUAAGACAAAGUUGAAUGCAGCAUCUAUUGAAUGGAUUCUUCGAGAUUUAGCUGUACAUUUAUAUGAAAAUUGUCCAUCGGGUUGGAUCGAUACAUUCGAUCUUAUUCGAUUAGUUUGCAUAUCUCUUCGAGCAUUUCAACAACAGAAACAUGACGUUUGGAUGUCAAAUGAUGAAUUGAAUAGAGAAGUCAGAGAUUUUGUUAGUAUUUUAUCGUCCAAUGUUGUAGGUUUUGCAACAGCACGAGGAUUAGACGCUUACGGAUUUCUUCAUCGAACACUUGAAGAAUAUUUUGUUGCUUUAACUAUUGUUAACCCUUUGAUUUGUGAACGUAUUCUUUCGACUAAAAUGAUAGUUGAUCGUCUCUUUAAUUGCAUAUGGAAGACUGAAUAUCAUAAACCAUUGUCACUUGCUAUCGGUUGGUUAGAUCUUCGAUUGCAACCAGAUAAUAUGGAUGUAUUCUGUUUUGAAUUGUUGAAUAGAACUGUUGGUAAUCUACCUAUUGGAUGUCUUCUAUUGACUGAUGCACUUACAAGUUUACACUCUUUUCGUUCUUCUAGUACGAUAGUACGUAUUUUCAGAUGCAUAUUGUUGUCUUCGAGUCAAGAUGAUGUUUCAAAAGAAUAUCUUCGACGAGCAUUGAAUAGUCUAUCAACAGAAGUUGCUAGCAGUUUAUUCGAAAAUCUCUUGCAUGAUGAUUCAAUUCGUGUCGAAUGUAUUUGUGAAUUUCUUCGCUAUUGCAUGGAACCGAUUAAUGGUAAGAGCACAUGGAUGUUGCCGUCAUGGCUAUCCAAUUCAGCAAUAAGUUUUAUUACAAGCUGGGAUGAAAAAAAUGUGAAUGUCCAGACAAUCGUUGAUUGGAUUUUUCGUUGUGGAGAAUCUGUUCUGGAUCACAAUGCCUCCAAUAUUCUACAAUCGUUUUUAAUAAGCAAUAGGAUUUCUAUUGAUCGAAUUCAUCCUUUGAUUCUAUCGGUUAUUGUAGUUCUUUGUGGUGGUAUGAUAAAAGAUGAAGAUUCUAUUAAAUUUGAUCCAAUACGAAUGCAUCGAUUAACUCCAUUAGCAUCUUUCUUGAUCGAAUGUUUCAAGAAAGAUAUGCAUGAUGUUCAUCAAAAUAUCUGUCAUUUAAUUGAUGAAUGCGAGACGAUCAUUUUUGAAGUGUCAAUAGAUGAUAUAUCAAGACGUACACAAGAUGCAUUUCUUGCCUUGAUCAUUCUUCGAGGUGUCACUUCGAUAAAUAUUUUUGAACAUUUCUGUCAUCAUAAGUGA